AUGCCAUCUAUCAUUGACAAAGGCAACUCUUCUCAACUAUCACGACAAAAAGAACAUGAUAACAAUGAUCUAAACGAGGACCCUUCUUCACUACGUUCUCCUACCGACAAACCUUCGGAUCCAUGUCUCGAUUCAGAACAGUCUCCACCACCACCAAGACGUCGAUCUUCCAAUUUACGCAUCAGCAACCCUUCCACCACAACAAAGAUAUCAAAACCUGAUCCCAAACUCGGCUCAACAGUGAACCAAUGCAGCAGUAAUCGUCAUUACCCUUACCAUGCCCGGCAACAACAACCGACAUCCCGGCUGCCACCACCAUCCACACCCACAUUGUUUGCCUCCCAUUCACUGGAUCAACCCAAGUCUACACGUCGUUCAAUGGACAAGUCGCAACGCAAACGUCAACUCAAAGAGGCCAAGAGUGAUUAUGAAGCGAGAAUAGAGCAAUACUUUCAACAACUCACUGUUGGAUGUGGACGAUCUGAUUGUAUCAAUCGGUUUUGCGCUUCGGGUCGUGGUGGCAUACGCAACUUGCACACACAAGCAGCCCUUGUCAUGUCGAUCCAAUUGGCAUCUAGACCUGAAGAUCGCUUUUGUACCAACGAGAUGCGAGCACCAUCCAAUUCGACCUCAUCGGUGAUUCAGAAGGCAUUGGCAGAUGAUGAGGAUGAUGAUGAAAGUGAUGAUUUCGGUGAACACAAGAGCAAACCUUUCCUACAGUCAUUAUUUUCAUCUUCGGCAUUUCUUUCCCUUUUUGGUCUACAACGUGAACAAAAAGAUGUCAGCUCAAAGAAUAGAAGGAGGAAACCCAAAAGGACCCCAUCAUCAUCAGCAUCAUCUUCAACACAAGAAUUUUCUAGAGGACGUCGAUCGUCUGAUAGCAGCAAUGUGGGAUCAUGGCGUGGAGGAUUACAAAGUCUAUCUGGGAACUACAACAACAACAUGAAUCAACAUCACCCAUCAUGUAUCGAAGAUGACGACUCCAGCUAUUAUUAUCAACUUGAUUCCAGCGAUCAUUCUCGAGCAUCCGAUAGCUACGAAUCUGAUACGAGCGAUGAAGGAAUGUUGUUAGCUAUUCGACCCACCGCUAUAACAAUGCCAUCAGCACUCGAGCAGCUGCAUCGAUUUGUGGAUAAAUACAACAUGGAGAAAACGGUGCAUUGGUGUCGAUCAAUCUUUCAAAAUUGGGAGGGGAUUGGCAAUAGCAUGCUUCUUGCCACGCCACAACCUGUAUCAGCUUUACAACGAACGAUCCGUAUUACCAAUUUGCAUGAUUUGCAUCAGUUUUAUGAGGCGAUUAUUGGAAACGACGAUGUUCAGCCAUCCAGAUUAGCAAACGCAGUUACCGAGAGCUUUGAAACGUUGUUGGAUCGAAUGCACAUGAACACCGAAAAUAUCACCACCUUGUACUCGAUCGAUGAAAUAGAGGCAUCAUGCGUUGAUACAAUUGUCCAAUGGUGUCGUGCACUCAUGUCUAUCCUUGAAUGGAUCCGGUUAUGGCAGUCAUCCGAUUUUGCAACCGAUAGCACCAAUAUGUGGUCCGAUAUAUUAUCACACAAGCUCAUCCAAGUGGUUAGCAAGAUCGCCUCCAUUCAACAAUCUUUGAUUAGGAAAGCACUUUUACAUAUGUUUGCUUGCCUGGAUAAUGAACGAAUGGAAGCUCUGGUGCAGUAUCUUCACGGGUAUCUUAUUGAUCACUUCCACACUGGACCCUACAAACAUGGUGAGCAAGAUUCGGUGAUUAUGGCGACCAAGUUUCUCCAGCUUGCAUAUGAAGCCAAUGUAUCAGCAGCACCCAUUAUACCCGUUAGCGAUUUUUGCAGUGAAGCCAUUUGCAAGAAGCUCAACAUCAAGGACGAGUACAGGAUUUGGAAACGUGUUUUGCAGUAUGGUGAAGGAAGGCAUUCUAUAUCGACGAUUGCUGCAGCUUCACGACCGUCGGCGUCUCAGUACUAUGGUCUCAAUGAACAACAACGACGAACACGACUCUUUUUAACAACAACCUGGACUUCGAUAUUAUUGCCAUACCCUUUUGCGAACGAAUACCAAUUUUCAUGGUUCAGCUAUCCUUUCUUAUUACCACCCUCGGUGAAGCGAAAGAUCCUGCAAUUGGAUGCCAUGUCUCAAAUGUCAGCAGAGUAUGAAGAUGCAUGCGUCAAUCACACCCUCGUCGUUCAUGCACGGCGAUUGCUCUCGGAUGCACCUGGGAUGGUACGUCAUUUGGAAGACAAUCUUAAGAGUGCGACUUGUCCCUAUCUACUUUUGGAAAUCCGACGACAACAUUUUGUCACUGAUGCCUUACACCAAGUAUCCGCCAAGUGGGUCGAUCUCAAGAAGCCGCUCAAAGUGCGAUUUAUCGGAGGAGGCGAAGAAGGCAUGGAUCAAGGAGGUGUCCAAAAAGAAUUCUUUGGUAUCCUAUUUGAAAAGCUCACAUCCAAAAAGAUGGGUCUUUUUAAUGUGGAUCCGGAGACUCGAUUAUGUUGGAUUCAGCCCAUACCCGUACAAGAGGAUGAUUUACGGCUCUAUGAAAUGGUGGGCGUGAUGAUGGGUUUGGCUAUCUACAAUGGUGUCAUCAUGAACUUGCAGUUUCCAAGUAUCCUGUGGAAGGUCCUCGUACAGCCAAGUGAAGCAACCUUAGAUACAAUGGCUGAAGAGCAUCAGCUGUUUACAUUGAACGACCUUAUGGAGGGAUGGCCAUCGUUGGCUAAUGGCCUUCAGCAGCUGCUUGAUUGGGAGGACCAAGUGCAAGAUGUGUUUUGCCGCAACUAUGAAAUUUCAAUUGAAGUAUUCGGCCAAGGUGUUGUCACCAUACCUUUGAUGGAAAAUGGAAACCAAGUUCCCGUGACCAAUGAAAACCGUGAGGCAUUUGUGCGUGAUUAUUGUACAUAUUUCCUGUAUCAUGCCCAACGCAGCCAACUUCUUGCUAUCCGACGUGGUGUUUGGAGUGUCAUUGGUGGAUCAGCCAUGGAUCUCUGUACAGCUGGUGUUCUCGAGGUGGUAGCAUGUGGUGAACGACAAGGCAUGGACCUCGAUCUAAAAGAGCUACAAGACGUUGCUGAUUACGAUGAUGGAUAUAAUCCAGAUCACCUAGUGAUUCGCUGGUUUUGGUCAAUUGUACACAAUGAUAUGACUUCCGAACAACGGCGCAAGUUGUUGUUUUUUGUCACUGCAAGUGAUCGAGUACCCGUGGGUGGAUUGAAGGAAUUGACAUUUGUGGUGCAACGCAAUGGGCCAGAUAGCGAUAGGUUACCAACGGCGUUGACCUGUUUUAGUCGGCUAUUGCUUCCAGAAUAUGACUCGAGGGAGAAGUUGCGUGAACGCUUAAUCACAGCAAUAGAAAAUGCCAAAGGAUUUGGUCUCGUUUAG